GGAGCGGCACUGCUGGCUGCUGCGGACGCCUUGACGGACUGACGGACGGACUGACUGGAUGCUCUAAGGGCCCGCGGAAAUGUCCGAGGCGAAGCAUCGCAAGAAAGCGGGCGUCAAAGGGGCGCCCCCUGAGCCGGGCCGACGCGGCGAGACCGUGCAGCCCCCGGAGCCGGCCCGGGUAUCCGGAGACGGCGGCGGCAGCGGCGGCAGCGGCGGCUGGGCAGACCCACGGACCGUGCUGUGCCUGCUCUCCCUCGGGACCAGCCUGGCCUUGGCCUGGUUUGUAUUUCAGCAGUCAGAAAAGUUUGAUAAUGUCGAAAAUAAAUACCAACUACUGAAAUUGGAAGCUGCUGAGUUCCAUAGCCUUCAAAGUCAAGUCACUUUAAUUUCUGAAAAGCUUGAUUCUACUGAAAGUGUCCUGCAGGAAACUACAUCAGCCAUAUCUUUGAUGACCCAAUUUGAGCAAGAGGUGUCCAGUCUGCAUAACAUCUUGAGUGACAUUAAGAACAGUGAGCAGACUCUCAUGCAAAGGCUGCAGACCAUUAAUGUGAAAUUUAAGAAUGUUACAGAUUCCUGGAAAAGAAACCUAGAUGACAUGAAUGCUCAUACUGGCGGUUUAAAAUCUGAAGCCAAACGUGUGCAUUCUCAUGUUACUGCCCAAAUUAACUUGGCUGAACAGGGUGUAAAAUUGCUCACUGAAAGGCUCAGAGAUUUGGAAGAUAGCACCAUCAGAAAUAUUAGAACCAUCAAGAGUCAGGAAGAAGACGACCUUUUACAAGUAGAAGAGCAACUAGUGUCUGAUUCCAAAGCAGUUGAAAAGUUAGAAGAGGAACAAAGAAAUCUCUUUGAGAGAGAAAUCCACCUGGGCAAUCAACUUGCUGACUAUGAGCCUAAAGUGGAGGAAUGCAAGACACACUUGCCAGCCAUUGAGAGUGCCGUGCACUCGGUUCUGAAGGUCUCUCAAGAUCUGAUAGGGACAGAAAAGAAAAUGGAAGAAUUGACCAUGAAGAUGUUUAAUCUGGAAGAUGAUAUGCUGAAAGCCGUGUCAGAUAUUAUGGAUGUGCAGAAAGCCCUUGAAGGAAUGCAGUAUGAUAACAGCAUGCUCAAAAUGCAGAAUGAACUGCACUUCCUAAAGGGCAAGGUUCAAGAGUUCAUAGCAUCCUCAAGUCUUAGGGAAAAGGGGAUUUUAGAAUACGACCUAGAAAAUAAAGGAAUUGGUGAACAGUAAACUUAGCCAAUUCAUGUUAUGAGGAAGUAUGUUAUUGCACACAUUUCUAUCAUGUUUUAUACUUCUUUUGCUCUAUGGUAUAAUGCCUCAGUCAUGCAGCAUGAUGGAAAGCAAAGGGGUUUUAUCCACAUAAGAGAAUUUUUCAGAUAAAAAUAUAUCUGUUUCCAAAAUAUAGGACAUAUUUCCCUGCCUUCUUAAGUAGAGUAUAGGUAACAUAAUUUAGAAUGAGCUAUUUUACUGGGCUAACAUACAUUUGUGGUCUCAGGUGGCCACAGAUUGCUGUGCUUUGAGUCUUUGUGUAUAUUGUUAUGUGGUAAUAGACAGUGUUGUAUAGUGGAAAGAGCACUAGACUGGGAGACCAGAGCCAGCUCUCCCACUAACCCUCUUUGUAAAAUAGGAAUGAUGGUACCUGCCCCAUUCGACUCACACCAGGGCCCUUGUGAGGAUGUGCCUCGCAAACACAGUGGUAGCACCCGCUUCUCGCUGUCACCCUGCCAGCCAGCAGCGUCCCCACACUCCAUCUCUCAUACUGUCUUAAGCAUCUUUGAGCUAGGAAAAUGAGACAAACACACUUGGUGUGAGUCGGAAGAGGGAAUAAAUAGGCUUAGAGGGUGAGCUUUGAGGGACUCGCCUAGCAAUUCAAUGCAUGAGCAUUAGUGCAUGGACAAUUUUGUGUCAUCCAUUCUGGUCAUGCAGAUCUUGUUUGUUCACGUCUCGGUUCUUAUCUGUGUUCUAUAUGCUUAAGGUUAUCAGGUAAAUGAAGUAAUGUCAUAUUUAUUAUUCAGACAAACUAAACCCAUGGAUUGUAUGGGGGGAGGGGAUGUUAAAUAAUAAAAACAGUAAAAUAAAAUUUAGAGACUACUUCUGCCUUUUUCAAAUAUCUCAACUCAAAUUCUUAUUCCAUGCAUUCCUCAAAUAACCCAAACAAAUUAUUUUCAUUAUUUGUCAUUUUCCCCGUUAAUUAUUUAGAGUUGCCACAGAAAGCAGGGUCUGAAUACACUAAGAGAAAUGAAUUAACUUUACAAGACAUAGAUUUAAUUCCUAGAAUUUUAUCUUUAAAUUUCUUGGCUUCUGAAUGCUAGUUCUUACCUGUAACUAUGUGCUGGCAAAAUUGUAUUCUUUGUUUACAUCAUAUCAUUAAAUUUAAUGUAAUAAUUUA